UUCUUUCUUCUGGUGAUGGCGUGUCUCAUCUUCUUUAUGCAAUGCGGUUUCGCUUUCUUGGAGGCCGGGUCUGUCCGCAGUAAGAACACCACCAAUAUUCUCAUCAAAAAUCUACUGGAUGUCUGUAUCGGUGCCGUGGCGUACUGGGCUGUGGGUUACGCCUUCGCCUUUGGUCCCGGCAAUGCCCUCCUCGGUCACCGCUACUUCUUCUUUGAGAACAUGCCUUCAAGUUUGUACUCUCACUGGUUUUUCCACUUCGUCUUUGCGGCAACUGCUACGACAAUAGUCUCAGGAGCCAUGGCAGAGAGAACUGAAUUCGGCGCGUACCUCAUUUACAGCUGCAUCAUUACUGGAUUCAUCUAUCCUAUUGUUAGUCACUGGGCGUGGUCAGCGGAGGGGUGGCUUGGUGCUGGGCCUGGCCAAGAAGGAAUAACGUAUCAGGACUUUGCCGGGAGUGGAGUGGUUCACAUGGUGGGGGGAAUGGCUGCUCUGGUCGGCGCAGCUAUGGUUGGUCCGCGUCAUGGUCGGUUCGACAAGGACGGACAAGCAGUGACUAUAUAUGGCCACACCGUCCCGCUCGCAGCUCUGGGUGGCUUUAUUCUCUUCUUUGGCUUCUUUGCUUUCAAUGGCGGCUCCCAGGCGAGUAUCUCCCAGCCUGGAGACGGUGAGGUUGUGGCAAUCUCUAUUGUCAACACCAUCAUUAGCGGUGGGCAUGGUGCUCUGGUAGCCAUGCUCAUUAAAAAACUUGGUUUCAAUGGACAGUGGAGUUUGUUAAUUACACUCAAUGGUGGACUGACUGGAAUGGUGGCGAUAUGUGCUGGCUGUAACGCACUAGCACCGUGGGGCGCCGCCAUCGUUGGCGUAGUGUCAGGCGUUGUCUAUGUCGUCUGGAGCUAUGCCGUGUGCAAGCUAAAGAUCGAUGACCCUUUGGACGCUGUAGCAGUUCAUCUUGGAGGAGGCUUAUGGGGGGUGUUUUCCGUACCAAUUUUUCGAUUCGGAGAAGGUGUCGUUUUUACAUGGAGUCAAGACGCAUUUGUUGCUUUGGGUUGGAAUGCUUUGGGUGCUCUGGUCAUCAUGGCGUGGACUGGAGUACUGACAACCAUUUUGUUUGGAACUAUGAGGAUCUUUGGCAUUUUGCGAGUGUCGCCGGAAAUAGAGGCCAAAGGUCUCGAUAUUGCCAAACAUGGCGAGUCUGCAUAUCCACUUUCAAGCUACGGUCACGGCUGGUCAUCGGAGGCUGAUCUCAUUGAGGUCAAAGUUCGUGGAGCGGAUAACAAUGGGAACCUAAACGAAUCACCAACAGCAAGCUCUAGCAAAGGCUCGCCAGCUUCAAGUGAGCGUGAUAUUAGGAAAGAAAGCAGCAUUAGCGGUGUUUUACCGGUCCAAGUAUUUCAACUUCAGCCCAAGGAGCAAGAACUUCCCGUCGAAGAGGUUGACAAUAAGAAUAGCGAUGCCAAAUAAAAUCUGUUAGUAACGUAUGCAUGUAUUUCGUUUGAGCGGGUCACAUAAUGACCCCUUGCGUAAUGACGUUAAUAGUGGGUGCAUUCGUUUAGCUUCCCUGGGUCGACCCCGGUGUGUGGCGGUUUUUUUUCUU